GGACCGGAAGUUUCACGGGCGCGCUGGCUGCCGGAGCCGUUACCGCAGCGCACCGGAAGUGGCUCCAGGCCGGCGUCCGGGCCGCGCCCGCAGUGAGUGAGCUUCCCUCCGGCCGGUGACGCCAUGGAGCCUGGGGCGGCGGAGCUGUACGACCAGGCCCUCUUGGGCAUCCUGCAGCACGUGGGCAACGUUCAGGACUUUCUGCGUGUGCUCUUCGGCUUCCUCUACCGCAAGACGGACUUCUACCGCCUGCUGCGCCACCCGUCGGAUCGAAUGGGCUUCCCGCCGGGGGCCGCGCAGGCUCUGGUGCUGCAGGUAUUCAAAACCUUUGACCGCAUGGCCCGUCAGGAUGAUGAAAAGCGGAGGAAGCAGCUGGAGGAGAAAAUCAGGAGGAAGGAAGAGGAGGGGGCCACGGCUGCGGCAGCUGCCACGGCUGAGCAGGAGCCGGUCCCCGCCCCGGUUCAGGAGGUGGAGGUUGACUCCACCACAGACUCGGGCGGCCCUCAGGAGCCUCCCGGCCCGCAGGGUGCCGUGCAGCAAGUGGCCCACCACUCCCGGGAGGCAGAGCCACCAGGAACAGGUGCUGGUGCUGCUGAAGUCCCGAGGAGACCACCAGCUCUUCCCAAGUGCCCAUUGCAGGAGGCCCUUUGAUAGAGUCACGUGGACAUACCGGAAUGCUACCCCAAAUACCCACCCUGUCGGCUUAUGGUGAAGAUUGACUGAGGUCAGUGUGUAAGACCUGGUGAGCAGGAUUCCUGGCGCAUAGUGAGCCCUCAAGUAG